GCAAUAGUUAGUUCACUUUAGUUGGCCUAUCCAUUUCUUUAAAACACCAACUCUCUUAAACUCUCCAACCUACCUUCCAAAAACCAAGAAAAAAUCCAUAACAUUUCUUAUGUUAUACAGUUUCCAUUUUUUGUGAACCAUCUCACAAAAGACCAAUUCCAAUGGAAAUCUCAUGCAAAAUUCUAAGAAAAUCAAUUCACACUUUUCUUCAAAACUAUCAAUAUCUCACCACAAAAGCAUCAUUCCUAGCCUUACCAUUCUCAGCAUCAAUCCUACUCUCACAAGCAUUAGUCCCUUUAUCUUCAUCACUCUUUCCUCAAAUCUACAAUCACCUAAAAACUCUCUUUCAUGCUGCAGGCUUUCCCUCAUCACACUUGUUUACUAUUCUCAACCUUAAAGUUUCUCAAACAAUCACUUCCUCAAUCUUCACUUUUCCUUUCACUCUCACCUUUUUCCUCAUUGCAAAAGCAUUCAUAAUUCAAUCUUUGAAUAAGAGCGGAAAGAAUUCGUCCUAUAAUUAUAAACCAAUCCUUCACACGUAUUUCUACAACACUUUCUUCAUUCUUUCCGCGAACGCAUCUACCUUUUGUCUCCUUUUUCUCGCCUUUAGUUUCUCUGAAGGGAUAGGAAACUCUUCGCCGAGUUUGACAAUUUUUCUGUCGGCCGCAGCUGUGGUUUUCUUCUCGGUGAUCCUUGCAAAUGCACUCGUGAUAUGCAGCAUGGCACUCACGGUGUCUGGUAUGGAGGGACGUGGAGGAUAUAUGGCGAUUCUGAAAGCGUGUAUUCUUCUAAGGGGGAAGACGACAAUGGCUUUGUUCUUGGCCUUACCUGUCAAUGUAGGCUUGGCUGCCAUUGAAGCCUUGUUUCAAUUUCGGGUCGUGCGAGGGUAUUAUAUCGGUGAAAAUUCAUUGUUUUUAGUAGCUUUGGAGGGUGUUUUCAUAGCUUAUCUGUACUCGAUUUUCAUCAUCAUUGAUACUAUUGUGAGUUGCAUGUUUUACAAAAGCUGCAAAAUAAGAGAAACAUGGAUUGAUAAGGAAGACAAACAUUUUUUGAGAAUUGAAUUCGUUGAGGAGGAGAAUUAUUAUGGUUACUUGGGAGUCAAGAAUUUCCAAGAACUACCUUGAGUGUCAUAUAUGGUUGCAUCAAUGGCUUUGUUUCUACUUCAGUUUCUCAAAAAGAGAUACAAUUAUUUUAGCAGGAAUUUGAAAAAUCCAUUCAUGUUUGUUACUCGAUUCAAACCAAGCGACUUUCAAAGGCGUGAAGGUUUUCAUCUCGGCUAUGUGCAAGAACAAGAAGCUGGAGAUUAGUUCAAUAUUACAUUUUAAUGUUCUUUCAUUGAUAUUCUUAAAAUAUGUCUAUUUUUAUUUCAUCACUUGUAAAUUGAUCAGUCAUAUAAUACAGUGUGAAUAAUAUACAAAGGAUCCUUCUUAUUUCCCUUA